GAUAUAUGGCGUACUGUCCCAUAUUCUAAACACAUUGAAAAAUCUUUCCUUUGAAUGGAUAACAAUAUUCUCCUGAUCAUCUUUUCAUGUGAACUCUUGUUGCUCUAUAAGUUGCACCACCCAAUACAUGCCAUGCAAUGCAAGUGACCUAACAGCUAGCUCUCUCUCUCUCUCUCUCUCUCUCUCUCUCUCUCUCUCUCUCUCAGUUUGCAAGUUACAAUCCAACCCACCAAAACUAUACAAGACAACCCCCACCGACUUUGCUCCUCAUUUCCUUCUUACGAUUAAUUAAUAUCCCAGCCCUUUAAUUUCUUUGCCGUAUUUAUCUCUGCAAUUCCUUCUUCUUCUUCUUCUUCUUCUUCUUUUGAUCGAGCUUAAUUAACUAGUGACGACUGACAACCAUGGUUUCUGCAGAUGCUAUUCGAACUGUGGUCGGUAUCAUGGGUGUAUAUAUAGAUUGCUUUAUCAUCUGAGAACCAAACUUGAUAUGAACGCCUUUACUUGUUUUCAGGAAACUUCAGCGCACUCACUCUGUUCCUCUCACCAGUGGAAACCUUUGUUCGAAUUUGGAAAAAAGGGUCAGUGGAGCAAUACUCACCAGUCCCAUACCUUGCAACCCUAUUUAACUGCAUGGCAUGGGCCCUGUACGGAUUGCCUAUGGUGCACCCACACAGUAUUCUGUUGGUGACCAUCAAUGCCACUGCAGUUUUCAUUGAGCUUUCCUUCGUCAUCCUCUUCCUCAUCUACGCAUCUGACAAGAAGCAGAGGCUCAAAGUGUUUCUCGUGCUGCUUUCGGAGCUCGUUUUCAUGGUUCUUCUGGCAUUUCUUGUUAUCAAAUUGGCCCACACAUACAGCAAGAGGUCACUAAUUGUUGGCCUAGUUUGCGUUCUAGGUAACAUCGCGAUGUAUGCUUCACCUCUAUCUGUCAUGGUAAUUAAGUUGAAAUUGGUGAUAACGACAAAAAGUGUGGAAUACAUGCCGUUUUUCCUCUCAUUGUUUAUCUUUCUCAAUAGCGUUGCCUGGUUCACAUAUGCUCAGCUCCGUUUUGACAUCUACUUGACUAUUCCGAAUGGGCUGGGCUUACUUUUUGGAUCAGCUCAACUGCUUCUCUAUGCUACAUACCACAAGAACACAAAGAGACUGAUGGCAGAAAGGAAAGCCAGACAAUUCUGUUUGACAGAGGUGGUUUCGGGCAGAGAUGAAACCAAAAACACUGGCAACACUCAUCAGAACGGCCGGGUUCCCGCUCAGAACAACGGGACAUGAUCAACCCCACCAUCGAAGUCUGCUGUUUGAUAAGUCGAACGAGCAGGGACCCCGUCAUCUACAAGUUUUAGCUCGUCUACACUAUGUUACUAAAUAUCGUACAAAUAGUUGGAUUCAUGAUGCAUGCAUACAAGACCAAGAGUCUCGUACGCAUGUAACUAGUACUUUUUCAUAAUUGUAUGCAACCAUUUCAAACGAUCAAUGAUCCAAUUUGUUU